GUUGUCAAAUUACAGGUAAAAAUAUCGCAAUAGAGAAGCAAAGGUGGAACAGAUGAGGAAGCGAAAGGAUAUUCACAAAUCCAUAGCAGAGCAGGAAAAAGUUCAUGUAUAUAGAUUCCGAUGAAAAAGUUGAUUAAUUUUGAAUUUAAAAUAAGAAUAUCUGUUAUGUAAUCCAUGGAGUCUCCACCUAAACUCUGUUCCUUCCUUUACAUUUUUUAUCUCAUAUUCUUCCUCUCCUCUUUCUUCCUUCCUCUUUCAUCUGCUUCUCCUUCCAUAGCCGCAACCUCGACCUCCAAUUAUGGCACCCACAAAAUCUCGCUCAAACUCUAUUAUGAGUCGCUUUGUCCUUACAGCGCCAAUUUCAUCGUCAACUAUCUUGUUAAGCUUUUUGAUGGCGAUCUCAUCUCCAUAGUUGAUCUCAGGCUCGUCCCUUAUGGCAACGCAAGGGUUGGCCGCAAUGAUUCCAUCACUUGUCAGCAUGGCCCUAAUGAAUGCCUAUUGAACACUGUGGAAGCCUGUGCCAUUAACGCCUGGCCUGAGCUGGACGAGCAUUUUCCUUUCAUUUACUGCGUAGAGCAUCUAGUGUACAAACGGAAGUACACCCAGUGGGAGUCAUGUUUUGAGAAGUUGGGGUUGAAUCCCAAGCCCAUCAGUGAUUGCUACAAUACUGAGCUUGGGAAAAAGCUUGAACUGGAAUAUGCAGCUGAGACCGAUAAUCUUCAGCCUCCUCACAAAUACGUGCCUUGGGUUGUUGUAGAUGGGCAGCCACUAUAUGAGGAUUAUGAAAACUUCAUAAAUUACAUCUGUGAGGCAUAUAAGGGACCUGUUCUGCCAAGUGCUUGUAAAGCUUCAUCCAUUAGUGCCAUUUGAAGAUAAAAAGCAUAGUCUAGCCUCCCAGAUAUGCCAAGAUGACGAAGACGAGAUGACAAUAAUGUUGUCGAUUUAAUAUGCAAGAAAGCGAUCGAGGUGAUAAUAUUAUCAUACAUUGCUUGAAUUAUAUCUCAUCGUACAACCUUAUACAUUUGAAUUGAAUUCUGUUUAAUCAAUAAAUCAAAAUAGAAGAAAAUGUUUGCAAUGUUUCUGUUUGAAAUCAA